AUGACUCUUCAUCAAUCUCAUAGUUAUCCGAUUCGGGGAUUUUUUUAUUUAAUUCAACAUCGAUCAAUAUGGAGAUAUAUAAUACGUGCUCUUAUUAUAAUGAUAUUAGUAUCUAUAAUAAUAUCAAUAUUAUUAUUUCUAUUUGUAUUUCCUAGUCAAGCUAAUGGUUUAUCGAAAUAUAUGGCUAAUUGGAUAUCAUGGAUAAUAAGUUUUAUUCUAACUUUAUUUGAAAUAGGCAUAAUAAUUCUUAUAUUUUCAUCAUUAUAUAUAGCAUAUUAUAUGGAUGUUAUAUUUGAUGCUGUUUGGCGUCAAGAAACAAUGAUUAUUAAUGAAAAUGAAACAAGAGAAAGAAUAUUAUCAACAAGUUUAUCUUGUAUUAAAUCAUUUUUAACCUUAAUUAUAUUUCGUGUUUUUCUUGUUGUUCUAACAUCUCCAUUAAAUAUAAUUCCAAUAUUUGGAACAAUUCUUUAUAUUUAUAUAAAUGGAUAUUAUUAUGCAUGGUCAUUACAUUGUCGUUAUUUUGAUUUAAUUGGUUUAACAUUUGCUCAAGGAAAACAUUUUGUUGAACAAAAUCGAUUAGAUUAUACUCGAUUUGGUAUAGUUGCUAUUUUAUUUGAAAUGAUCCCAUUUUUAAAUAUAAUAACACCAAUAACAAAUGUUAUUGGUAGUGCAAUUUGGGCUUCUCAUAUUGAAAGAUUUAAACAACCAUUAGAACAUCCAAGAAGUUAUUUAUUAUCACCAACUCCAACUUUAAUUAAAGAAGAAGAAAAUGAUUAUAGAAGAAAAAUAUCUGAAAAAGAAAAAGUUUCAUCAUCUAAUUAUAAACAAGUUAUUGAGAAUAAUAUUUAUCCAUCAGCUCCACCAAUUGAAAAAGAAUAA